UAAGAAAAAUAAGAAAAAAUUUUAUCAAAAAGAAAAUUUCCUUCUUUGUGACAUUGAAAUAAGAAACGUAAUUUAUGAAAUUUUCCUAAAAAACGACAAUAAUUUUAUGAAAUUCAUGAAAAAUUUGCUAGUAAUGAAAAGCUGCCACACGAAACCAACUAAAUAAAAGUGCCAAUUAACUUGUAACUGAAAAAUAAAAGAAAAAAACGUAAACGUCCAUAUGUAAUAAAUUGAUGAUUAAUUUGAGAAGUUUUAUUUAUAUUUGUUUCCAAUAACUUAUCUACAAAAGAAAAAUGGGUAAUGCUGGUAGCACUAGUAUGCAUAGAGAACGCCACAAGUCCAGCGACAUCUCUACACCAAAUUCUCCGUUUCGUGAAUUGCCCCUAAGAGGUGAGGGUGGCUCAACGGCACAGGGUAUAGCGGCUGUCAGUGGUGGACAGGCAUUCACGUUUGACAAAAAGCGUGAUUCAGUUUUACACGGUGGCUCGUCACAAGAAGACGACGAAACAACAUCCGAACCCUAUUAUACAAAACCAAUUGGCAAAGCAGCGAACGAACAACAACAGCAGCAGCAGCAACAACAAACAGCUGCUGCCGCUGUCGACCCUGAGUUUAGUUCGACUGAACCGCGCAAACGCUCAAGUACUAUAUCGGAAGGUACUACAACUUCAUCAAUAUCCUCAACUACAACUCAAAUAAUGCCCCAACAUAAAGAUACUUCCGCCGCUGCUGCGGAAGCAAACGAUGAGUCCCAGCAAAAGACGCAGCAACAACAGGAUGAAGAAGAUUUGCGUAAUCCUGCAUUACCUACCGUUUUACGCUGGGAUGGCGGUGGCCAGAAUGUUAUGAUUUCUGGUACAUUUACCAAGUGGAAGCCCAUACCCAUGGUACGCAGUCAUGGCAAUUUUGUUACCAUUAUCGAUUUGCCCGAAGGAGAUCAUCAAUAUAAAUUCUGUGUUGAUGGUGAAUGGAAACAUGAUCCCAAAUUGAAAAGCGUGGAAAAUGAUGUUGGUGAAAAGACGAAUUUAGUUUCGGUUCGCCAAUCGGAUUUUGAAGUAUUUCAGGCAUUAGCUAAAGAUAGUGAAAACUGUGUCAAUAAUGCCGACAAGGAAUAUUCACAAGAUGUACCACAAUCUAAACCAUGGGAAAAGGUAUCGGGUCCACCCAUAUUGCCGCCUCAUCUAUUGCAGGUUAUUUUGAAUAAGGAUACUCCUUUGUCGUGUGAACCGACUUUAUUGCCUGAACCGAAUCAUGUUAUGUUAAAUCAUUUAUAUGCAUUAUCGAUUAAAGAUGGUGUUAUGGUUUUGAGUGCUACACAUCGUUAUCGUAAGAAGUAUGUUACCACUUUGUUGUAUAAACCUAUUUAAAUGCAAAAGAGCAGCAACAAUACACUUUAACAAAGAUAUAUAUAAUUCAAACCAGAAAUUUUUAAUAAAAAAAAAACUAUUUUACUCUAUAUAUUUAUUUAAUGUUGCAUUGAUUGGUUACUAUAUUAACUCUAUUCAGAUCUGUUGCAAUAAUGUUUUAAUUUAGUUUAUAGUUUUGGUGUAUUUCUACAACAAGUGAAUAUUAAUAAAAAAUAAUGUAAAUGGUGUUAUAAACAUAAA